AUGUGUGGUUGGGGUUGGUGUGGGGUAGGUGUUGUGUGUUGUGUGUGUGAUGGUUUAGUGAGUGGAGGGAGAUUGGGUUUAGGGAUGGGGGGUGGGGGUGGUGGGUGGGGGGGGGGGUGGUUGGGUGUGGUGGUGGGGAUGGGGGUGGUUUGGGGGGGGGGGGGGUUGGGUGUGUGGGGGUUGGUGGGGGUUGGUGGGUAUGGGGGGUUGGUGGGGGUGGAUGGUGGGGGGGGUGGGGAGUGGGUGGGGGGGUGGGUGGUACUGGGUUUUUGGUGUUGGUGUAAGUGGAUUUUUUGUAAUACACACACAGUGGGUGGGGAUUUUGUAGGUAUUGUGGUUGUAAUAUUUUGUUGUUUUGUUGGUGUAUGGGGGUGGGGUGGUUGGGGGGGUUGUGUGGGUGGGUGGGGUUGGUGGGGGUUGGGGGUGGGGGGGUGGGUGGGGGGGUGGGGGGGGGGUGGGGGUGGGGGGGUGGGGGGGGGGGGUUGGUAUUGGUGGGGGUGGUGUGUGUGGGGGUGGGGGGGGGGUGGGGGGUGUUGGGUUGGGGGGGGGGGUGGGGGUGGUGUGGUGAGUGGGGGGGUGGGGUUGGUGGGGUGUGUGAGGGUGUGGGGUGGGGGUGGUGGGGGGUGUGAUGUGGUGUGGGGGUGGGUGGGGGUGGUGGGGGGGUGGGGGGGUGGGGGGGGGGGGGUGUGGUUGGGUGGGGUGGGUGUGGGGGUGGGGGGUGGGGGGUGGUUGUGGGGGGGGGGUUGGGGGGGUUGUGGGGGGGUGUGGGGGGGGUGGGGGGGGGUGUGGGGGGGUGUGGGGGGGGGUGUGGGGGGUGGUGGGGGGGGUGGGGGGGUGUGGGGGGGGUGUGGGGGGUGUGGGGGGGUGGUGGGGGGUGUGUGGGGGUGGUGGGGGGGGUGUGGGGGUGUUGGGGGUGGGUGGGUGGGUUGGGGGGUGGUGGGGGGGGUGGGUGGGGGGGUGGGUGGGGGGGGUUUGUGGGGGGGGGGUUGGGUGGGGUUGGGUGGUGGGGGUGGUGGUGGUGUGGGUUUGUUUGGGUUUGGGGUGGGGGGUUUGUUGGGGGUUGUGUUUGUAUGUUGGUGUGUGUAA